AUGGCAUUCUUCCCCCCGGAAGACUUUUCCCUUGACCCACGCUUCAUAGAGCUCCAGGAAGAACUUAGGUCUGUUCUGUUUGCAGGCUUGUCUGCGCUAUCACCCAGCGCAUCAUGUACCCCAGAGGCAGAAGCGACACCUACACAGUCACCACAGACACUCGACUUUUCCAACGUCACUGUCAAUAUUCCUCAUGACAGGUUAAUAUGCUAUCUUCAAAAUUGGGUCACGGAGUGUGCCCCAUAUCUGGACAAAUUCGAUGAGGAUAAACACUUUCAGAUUCAUGUACCGCUCAUGGCGCAGAAAUCGCCUGCGCUUUUAUAUGCUAUGCUUGCGUUUUCGUCAAGACAGAUGGAGAGGAGAGGGCUGACGCAAGAAGGUGGUUGUGAUAGUCUUGAGCUGUAUCAGGAGAGUAUCAGAUUACUCAGUCCUGGACUACAAGCCAAAGAUCCGAAUAUGUUGGUGACGGCUUGUAUCCUAGCUGUCUUUGAACUGAUGUCGGGAGGCUCCAAGAACUGGAAACGUCAUGUUGAAGGAUGUGCUUCAUUGUUUGAGUUCUUUGGAGUCGAUGGCUUCUCUGGCGGUCUACCUCAAGCUGUAUUCUGGUGCUACGCCAGAAUGGAGUUAUGCGGUGCCAUAAUAUCCGACGGGACAGAGACGACGGUUCUUCCACUCUCGAAAUGGGCACCUUCUGCACCUGAAUCGUUGGUUUCUUCCGAGCAGAUCGAAAGAUAUGUACGGGACAUGUUCCACGAGAGAAGCCGCGAAUCACCCGAUAUGCAAGCCAACUGGGCUAUAUACCUGUGUACAAAAGUCUGCGAUCUAAGAUUUCGAAGGACACAAAGUCUAGAACUCGGACGCGCAGACGUUCAAGAUGACAGACCAUUCUCAGAACAAUGGCAGCAGCUUUGGAACGAGUUACAAUUCUGGCUUGAUCAACGCCCUACAACAAUGAAGCCAAUAAGCAUGGUUGAAGCAGGCGAUAAGCAAAUCUUCCCAGCUAUGCUUUUCCCACACUGGGCCGCUAUUUCCAGCAACCAGAUCUAUCACACUGCGUGUAUACUGAUGCUUGAAAUGCGCAACUUGGGUCAUGAAUUAGAUUAUCAAUGUCUGGCUCUGUGGCAUGCACGUCAAGUUUGUGGCAUCUCGUGUGCAAAUCUUCAUCCCGGCAGUCUUGUCAAUUCCAUACAGCCACUUUACGUCGCUGGGAAAUUGUUUUCGCAUGUCAACGAGAGAAAGCAAAUAGCAAGGCUUCUUAAAUCGAUUGAUCGUACGACUGGUUGGGGCGCACUUUGGAGGUUGACGGAUCUUGAAUUUGAAUGGGGGUAUGAUGCAGGAGCGAUUCUCAAGACUUUAUAG